AUGGAAGAUCCUCUGGAAAGUUCAGUCGAUUCAUCUCCAACCCAUUUCGCAAACCACUCUGCCCAUACAACUCUUUUCCCUACCAACCAUUCGACAAAAUACCUAAACCUAACAGACCCAAGCAACCCGUUUCGAUUGGACAACGACGACAACCCUGCAGUGAUUUUAGUCACUGAUUUGCUUAUCUCCGAUAACUAUGCAACCUGGUCCCGCGCUAUGCGGCGUUCCCUUCGUGCCAAAAACAAAUUAGGAUUUAUCAUCGAUGCCAUCCCUCGACCCACCAAACCAGAGGACCCUCUUCUUGAAAUCUGGGAAUGUUGCAACGACAUGGUUGUUUCAUGGCUACAGAACUCCAUCAGCCCAGUUAUCAAGUCCAGCGUGGUGUUCAUUGAUGUUGCUCGCGACAUAUGGCUCGAUCUUCAGGACAUAUUUUCUUAUCAGAACGGGCCUCGCAUCUACCAGCUCACGCAGACCCUAGCUCGACUCCUCCAAGAGAAUGAUUCUGUAAGUAUUUACUAUGGUAAACUUAAGACGCUUUGGGAUGAACUGUCUAUUUACGAUCCACUUCCCAUUUGCACUUGUGACUCUCUGAAAUCAUUUGUUGACCGAUACCAAUGA